AUGCUACACUACCACUACCUUCUCAUCAAGGGUUAUGACAAGCCUUUCGGCUACGUCCAUAACCGAUUCGUCGAGCAGAUCGACUGGCCAGAAUACUGGGAGAUCGACCAUGAGAAGAAACUUUUGUCUCUUAUUUCCACGCCCGACUUUGGAACUCGAAGCCAACUGAUGAAUGAGACACUCCGCAUAAAUCACGAGUCCCAGAAAGUUCCUGCUCUAGCACGCUGGUCAGAGGAGGACUUUCCCCUGUACUCGGAUACCGGAGAGCACGUGCUCGACAUGAAUGGGUCUGGCGUCGAUGUGCUUGGCAUUGUCAACUUCUCUGUCCACAUGAUCGGCUGGGUCAUGACUGCUGAGGGGAUCAAGCUUUGGGUUCCCCGCCGCUCAGGAAGAAUGAGCUAUCCUGGAAUGCUCGAUGAUACUGCGGGUGGAAGUUUGCCCAGUGGCGUGAGGCCAAUUGAUGGCAUAGUCCGAGAAUGUGAAGAUAAAAUAUGUCUCGAUCCCACCUACACCCGUGCCAAUAUCAAGUCUUGUGGCACCAGCUCCUUUCAACUGUGCGUUUCCGAUUCACAUCUCCCUGCAUGUCAGCAUCAAGUGCAGUAUCUCUAUGAGAUAGAAUUUCGGGAGGGCAUCCGCCCAAAAAUCGGUGACGGCGAGAUCGGUGAGCUGAACCUGAUGACUGUUGACGAAGUCCAGGAGGCUAUGAGUAAUGACGAGUUCAAGCUGUCUUGCAACAUGACGUAUCUGGCGUUCCUUAUUCGUCACGGCUACAUCAAUGCUGAGAACGAGCCUGAACUCCCGGAGAUUUGUGCUCGACUUCAUCGAAGGCACAAGCUUUUCAUCGCCUAG